GAGCAGUCCGGCCACGACAGGCGACCGCAGCGCCUCGCGCAGCCUAUCGCGCGCGCACACACACGGACACAGACACAGACACACACACACAGACACACACACACAGAGCCCCCCCCCCCCCCCCCCCCGCCAUGGGCGUGCACGUGGAGACCAUCGCCCCCGGAGACGGACGCACCUUCCCGAAACGCGGCCAGACGUGCGUGGUCCACUACACAGGGUUGCUCGAAGACGGGAAGAAGUUCGACUCGUCGCGGGACAGGAACAAACCUUUCAAGUUCGUCAUGGGCAAACAGGAAGUCAUCCGCGGCUGGGAGGAAGGCGUCGCCCAGAUGAGCGUGGGCCAGAGAGCCAAGAUGACCAUCUCGCCCGACUUCGCCUACGGUGCCACCGGCCACCCGGGCAUCAUCCCGCCCAACGCCACCCUCAUCUUCGACGUGGAGCUCCUCAAGCUGGAGUGACCCCCGCACGCCCCCCGCCCCGGGGCUCGGACCGUCGCCGAAUCCAGAACGUCAGCUUGAAAGAAACGCCCCCCGAGUCCGUCCGGACCCCCGGACCCCCCCCCGCUUCCGUCCACCCCACUCCCCCCUCUCCACCGGCCCCGUCUAGAAACCCUACUCCCGUCGGAUAUAAUGUAUAUUUUUUCUUUUGCGCGGGGGCGGGUGGGCUUUCUGGGCUCGGGCCGCCGGCGGCGGGCCUCGUCCCCCGGGGACGCGGGACCCCCCCCGGACUCAUUCAUUCACUGUCGUAUUUAUUGAGCGCCCACUGUGUGCGGAGCACUGCGCUGAGCGCUUAGACGAGACGGGGCCGGGCCUCCCCUCAGGUUUGGAUCGUGGCGGCCCUAAUGGGCUCCGAUGGAUCCCGCGGGUCGGAGGGGGGGACGGGAGGGGGUCGCGGACGCCCCCCCCCCCCCCAUCCCCGGCUGGGUUUUCCUUGGGCGAGCCCCCCACCCUCCCAGGAUGACGGGAUUCGGUCCCCCUCACCCUCCCUCCCGACCCCGCUUGCGUUGUGAUGGGUGAACCACGUCGCCACUCCCGGCCUCCCCCCGCCCCCCGUCCCCCGAAUAAUCUCCUCCUCGACUUUUAUUAUUGCAAUAAAAAUGCUUUCUGCUGGCUUUUCUCAA